UUUUUGGAGGGGGGCCAGUUAUCGCAUCUUGUUCGCGUUCGUUUUCUGGGUUCGCGUUCCCCCGGCGGGCAGGCGGGCGGAGCCGCCCCCGGCACUGAGAAGAAGGGGGCUCAGCGCACCGCGGCGGCGCCUCAGCGGAAGAAGAUUGAAGGCCAAAAACCUAAUUAAUGGAUGAAAGCAUAAGAAGUAAAGUUGCAAAACAAAGGGUUGAUAAUUUUUAGAUAGCUUGACAGAGAAUUAGGAAACAGAUGGUAUAAUAAUAUCAUGAUGCCUGUUGGAGGGGAGCCCUGUAAAUGAUCCAGUUCUGUGCACCUGCAAUACUGUGGUGUUCCUACAGAGGCAGCUUAUGUGAGGCCACCAGAAAGGAGGCGCUUGCUGGUUUCGUUUUUGCACUGAAUGUAGCCAGGACGGAUCCUUGUGGGCUUUGGCAGCCCUUGGAAACUGUCAAAGGCAGUAUUUUGCAUUUCUGCAGAGUUUUGCACAGAUCCUGUUCCCAUGCAAACUGAUGAGGGAGAAAUACUGGAGGAAGGCAGUCCCAAGGUCAGUGAGAUGGAACAUGAGGAUUUUGUAAUGGAAGGGCAUGGCAAGACUCCACCUCCUGGUGAAGAAAACAAACAAGAGAAGGAGCAAGAAAGGGAAGAACAGUUAAUGGAAGACAAGAAAAGGAAAAAAGAGGAUAAGAAAAAGAAGGAAUCUGCUCAGAAGGUCACAGAUCAAAAAACCAAAGUGCCCGAAGUGACGAAACCAAGUUUAAGCCAACCAGUGGCUGCCAGCCCAAUUGGCAACUCUCCAUCGCCACCAGUCAAUGGUGGCAACAAUGCCAAAAGGGUGGCAGUGCCGAACGGACAACCGCCAAGCGCCGCCCGCUACAUGCCUCGGGAGGUGCCGCCGCGAUUCCGUUGCCAGCAGGACCACAAAGUGUUACUGAAACGUGGGCAGCCCCCUCCGCCAUCCUGUAUGCUUCUUGGGGGUGGAGCAGGGCCUCCUCCCCCAACAGCACCAGGCGGAAACCCAAACAACGCACAACCAGUGACAGGAGCACUGCUGCAGAGUGACAGUGGGACUGCAACAGAUUCAGCAAUUGGAGGUGCUGCUGCUUCAAAUUAUGCAAAUUCCACUUGGGGUCCUGGAGCCUCCUCCAACAGCGGCACCAACGCCAACCCAACUCACAUCUGGGACAAGGUGAUUGUAGACGGGUCUGACAUGGAAGAGUGGCCUUGUAUUGCCAGCAAAGAUGCUGAGUCUUCUUCCGAAAACACCACCGAUAACAACAGUGCCUCGAACCCUGGCUUGGAGAAGAACGCUCUGCCAGGAAGCACCACUAGUAACAAAGGAAAAGGAAGCCAGUGCCAGUCUGGAAGCGCUGGAAACGAAUGUAAUCUUGGGGCCUGGAAAUCUGAUCCCAAGGCUAAAUCUGUUCAAUCUUCCAACCCUGCUGCCGAGAGUAACAAUGGACUAGGAAACUGGAGGAACUUGAGUGGGCAAGAUAGAAUUGGUCCUGGUUCUGGCUUCAGCAACUUUAACCCAAAUAGCAACCCAUCUGCUUGGCCGGCACUGGUUCAAGAGGGCAGUUCUAGGAAAGGGACUUUGGAGUCUGAUAGUGGUAGCUCCAAUGCACAGAUUAGCACAGUAGGUCAGACCUCUAGGGAACAGCAGUCAAAGAUGGAAAAUGCGGGUGUUAACUUUGUCUCUGGCAGAGAACAGGCUCAAAUUCAUAACACUGAUGGACCAAAAAAUGGAAACACUAACUCCUUGAACUUAAGUUCACCAAACCCUAUGGAGAAUAAGGGAAUGCCCUUUGAAAUGGGCUUGGGGAACCCUUCCAGGAGCACUGACACCCCUUCACAAAGCACUGGAGAAAGAAAGACUGGGAGUGUUGGGUCUUGGGGUACAGCUAGGGGGUCUUCUGGAACUGACACAGUCUCUGGACAGAGCAAUUCUGGAAACCACGGGAACAAUGGAAAGGAUAGAGAGGACUCCUGGAAAGGAGCUUCUGUUCAAAAACCUAAUGGGUCAAGAAGUGAUUCUUGGGAUAACAAUAACCGGUCUACGGGUGGUGGGUCUUGGAACUUUGGCCCUCAGCAUGCAAAUGAAAGCAAAUGGGGCGAAGGGAACAAAUUGACAUCUGGGGUCUCUCAGGGAGAAUGGAAACAGCUGUCUGGAUCUGAUGAACUGAAGAUUGGAGAAUGGAGUGGUCCAAACCAACCAAAUUCUAGCACUGGAGCAUGGGACAAUCAAAAAGGCCAUCCUCUUCCUGAAAACCAAGGCAAUUCCCAGGCUCCCUGUUGGGGAAGAUCUUCCAGCUCUGCAGGAAGUGAGGUUGGAGGUCAAAGCACUGGAAGCAACCACAAAGCAGGAAGCAGUGACAGUCACAAUUCUGGACGCCGAUCAUAUAGGCCUACGCAUCCUGAUUGCCAGGCAGUCUUGCAGACUCUGCUGAGCAGGACUGAUUUGGACCCCCGAGUGCUUUCAAACACUGGCUGGGGCCAAACUCAAAUUAAGCAAGAUACCGUAUGGGAUAUUGAAGAGAUGCCACGGCCCGAGGGGAAGUCUGAUAAAGGAACUGAGGGGUGGGAGAGCUCUGCCACACAGACAAAGAACUCAGGGGGCUGGGGCGAUGUACCCAGCCAAAGCAAUCAAAUCAAGUCUGGAUGGGGUGAGCUCUCAACCCCAACAGAGUGGAAGGACCCCAAAAAUACUGGAGGAUGGAAUGACUAUAAGAGCCCUAAUUCUUCUAAUUGGGGAGGGGGAAGACCAGAAGAAAAAUCAUCUUCCUCUUGGAAUGACAGCUCUAGUAAGGAACAGGGGUGGGGUGGGCGGCAACCUAAUCAAGGAUGGUCUUCUGGAAAGAACGGUUGGGGAGAGGAAGUUGACCAAACAAAAAACAGUAACUGGGAAAGUGCAGGAAACAAGCCAGCAUCUGGUUGGGGUGAAGGUGGGCAAAAUGAGAUUGGAACUUGGGGUAAUGGUGCAAAUGCAAGCGCUGCUUCGAAGGGUGGAUGGGAUGAUUGUAAAAGAACUUCAACAUGGAAUGAGACGGGUCGACAGCCCAACUCCUGGAACAAGCAGCAGCAACCGCACCAGCAGCAACAGCAGGAGGCUUCUGGCUCCUGGGGUCCACUGCCACAAACCCCAAGUAAUGGGCGACCUCCAAACCCAAACUGGAACAGCGGACCACAGCCAGCUGCCCCCAAAGAUGAGGAACCUAGUGGCUGGGAAGAACCUUCUCCGCAGUCAAUCAGUCGGAAAAUGGAUAUUGAUGAUGGCACUUCAGCAUGGGGAGAUCCUAGCAGUUACAACUACAAGAAUGUGAACCUGUGGGACAAGAACUCGCAAGGAGGACAGGCCCCACGGGAGCAGAGCCUGCCUACUCCAAUGACUAGCAAAUCACAAGCAUCAGUCUGGAGCAAAAGCACUCCACCUGCUCCAGAUAAUGGUACGUCCGCCUGGGGUGAGCCAAAUGAAACCAGUCCCGGGUGGGGUGAAGUAGAUGAUACAGGAGCAUCGACAACAGGCUGGGGGAAUGCACCUUCCAACGCCCCGAAUGCCGUGAAAUCUAGUUCUAAAUCUAUGCAAGAUGGCUGGGGAGAGAGUGAUGGGCCAGUGACAGGAACACGUCAUUCCAGCUGGGAAGAGGAGGAGGAGGGAGGAGUCUGGAACACAGCAGGCUCUCAGGGAAGCAGUUCCUCCCACAACUCAACAAGCUGGGGGCAAGGAGGAAAGAAAACACAAAUUAAGUGCUCAUUAAAAGGAGGAAAUAGCGAUUCAUGGAUGAACCCUUUAUCCAAACAGUUUUCAAAUAUGGGAUUGCUAAGUCAAACUGAGGACAUUCCAGGCAGUAAGAUGGACUUGUCUGUAGGUGGUCUCCCAGAUAAGAAGUUUGAUGUAGAUAAACGAGCCAUGAAUCUGGGAGAUUUUAAUGACAUAAUGAGAAAGGAUCGAUCUGGGUUCCGUCCACCUAAUUCCAAAGACAUGGGAACCACAGAUAGUGGGCCUUAUUUUGAGAAGGGUGGCAAUCAUGGUUUGUUUGGAAACAGCACAGCACAAUCGAGAGGCAUGCACACACCAGUGCAGCCACUAAAUCCUUCCCCCAAUAUCCGGGCGCAAGUGCCUCCCCAGUUUCUUUCCCCCCAGGUUUCGGCCUCCAUGCUCAAGCAGUUUCCCAACAGUGGCUUGAAUCCAGGUCUUUUCAAUAUGGGGCCGCAGCUUUCUCCACAACAGAUUGCCAUGCUGAGCCAGCUUCCACAGAUUCCCCAAUUUCAAUUAGCAUGUCAGCUCCUUCUUCAGCAGCAGCAGCAGCAGCAGCAGCAGCUGUUACAGAGCCAGAGGAAGUUAACUCAAGCUGUGCGACAACAGCAAGAGCAACAGAUUGCUCGUAUGGUGAGUGCCCUCCAGCAGCAGCAGCAGCAGAGACAGCCUGGAAUGAAGCAUUCACCAUCCCACCCUGUUGGGCCUAAGCCUCAUUUAGACAGCAUGGUACCCAAUCCUUUGAAUGUGGGUCUCUCAGAUUUACAGACCAAAGGGCAAAUACCUGGAUACGGUUCAGGCUUUGGCUCAAGUGGCAUGGAUUAUGGCAUGGUGGGAGGGAAAGAGGCUGGAACAGAAUCCCGUUUUAAACAGUGGACUAUGAUGGAAGGGCUGCCCUCUGUGGCUUCACAAGAUGCCAAUAUGCACAAAAAUGGUGCAAUAGUGCCCUCUGGAAAGGCUCGUGGAGGAUCGCCCUACAACCAGUUUGACAUAAUCCAGGGCGACCCACUAGGUAGCCAUGCAGGCCCUACUGGUGAUAGUUGGUUACCUGCCAAAUCUCCACCAACAAACAAGAUUGGAAGCAAAUCCAGCAACGCCAGCUGGCCUCCAGAGUUCCAACCAGGAGUGCCAUGGAAAGGUAUACAAAACAUUGACCCUGAAUCUGACCCCUAUGUGACCCCUGGAAGUGUGCUGGGGGGGACAGCCACAUCUCCCAUUGUAGAUACUGACCACCAACUUCUGCGGGACAACACCACAGGGUCUAAUUCUUCCCUCAACACCUCGCUGCCUUCACCUGGUGCCUGGCCCUACAGUGCCUCUGACAAUUCCUUCACCAACGUUCAUAGCACUUCAGCAAAAUUCAGUGAUUACAAAUCAACAUGGUCCCCAGAUCCCAUAGGACACAAUCCCACUCAUCUCUCCAACAAGAUGUGGAAAAACCAUAUUUCCUCAAGGAACACUACAGGGCUGCCCCGCCCACCUCCUGGCCUGACCAACCCCAAACCAUCAUCUCCAUGGAACAGCACAGCAGCCCGAUCGGUCAGGGGCUGGGGGGCACAAGACUCAAGGCUUGCCUCUGGUGAGAAGAAUCACCUGCUAUCACCAUUGAUCAGAGCUGAGGAGUCUUCUACUUGGAGUGAUGGUGGCUCAGUUCGUCCUAGCUACUGGCUGGUUCUUCACAAUCUCACUCCACAGAUCGAUGGGUCAACCUUGAGGACGAUCUGCAUGCAGCAUGGCCCACUGCUGACAUUCCAUCUGAACCUGACCCAGGGCACCGCCCUUAUCCGAUACAACACCAAACAGGAGGCGGCCAAGGCCCAGACUGCACUGCACAUGUGUGUGUUGGGAAACACUACCAUCCUGGCUGAGUUUGCCACAGAUGAAGAGGUUAGUCGCUUUCUGGCACAAGCUCAGCCCCCUACACCUGCAGCAACCCCAAGUGCACCCACAGCAGGCUGGCAAUCCCUGGAGACAGGACAGAACCAGACAGAUCCAGUUGGACCUGCUUUGAAUCUUUUUGGUGGGUCAACAGGGCUUGGGCAGUGGAGCAGUGGUGGCGGCGGCGGCAGCAGUGGGGGUGAUCUCACUGGCGCUUCGUUGUGGGGGCCCCCAAACUAUUCUUCAAGCUUAUGGGGGGUCCCAAGUGUAGAGGAUCCACACAGAAUGGGCAGCCCUGCUCCCUUACUACCUGGAGACCUUCUGGGAGGAGGGUCGGAUUCAAUCUGAACUUAGAACUUUCAACUCUGACCUCGUGACCUUUUUUGGAACAGCAGCAGCACUAACUUGACCUUUUCGUUUUUUUCAACUUGCAAUAAAUACAUUUAUAAAAGGAAAAAAGAAAACGGAGAGAGAAAAAAAGGUGGGUCAUUGACAGACUGUCUGAGCACAUAGUUGCCUCCCUUAUAUAACUUCAGUUUUUUCGUUUGGAAUAUGAAUCCAAAAAGAGAACAUAUCACUCUUGAAAUACUUGAAUCAUGAACGCCAACUUAGAAAGACAAUGUGAAGCAAGUACACAUACCAUUUAAAUUUAAACACAAAAAAUUAAAAAAAUUAGUUUCUAGUUUUUCACUUUUUCAUGUUAUACGGAAGUUGUUGCUAAGAAACAUAUAUACUGAAAAAAUAGCUUUUUAACUUUGUUUGCACUGGGUGUGUUUCCGUCCUUAGGUCUACCAUGUUGGGUUGGGGCAGGGGGUGGGGUACAAAAGAAAAAAGGGGUGGGGGGGAGGGGAAGACUUGACGGAGCCUCACUUUAAAAAACAAAAAAUUAAAAAAAAAAUACACAAAAAAAGGAAAAAAAACAAAACAAAAAACCAACACUUUGUGAUUGGCUGGUUGAAAAGUACCAGUGUGUUCUGGCACAUGUAACUGCCCACGUGUGCUUGUUUCUGUGUGAGUGCGUGUGCACAUGUUUGUGUGUGUGCAUUUUUUCUCUAUAUAUAUAAUCUUGAAACGCUGCAUUGCUGAUGGUCUACGGGCUGGCUGGCCACCUGCAUGUCUUGAUUCUGAAAACAAGACAGGCAUGGUGGAGUGAGUCCCUGUGGCUGAAGCAGAAUCCAGUUGGGCUGGAUUAAAAUUUGUCAGUAGGUUUUUGUUUUUGUUUGUUUUUAAUUCAUUUUAGCAGGGUGCUAUCUGAAGUUUGCAGAUCAUACUGAGUGGGUAGUUGCUUCCUAGCCCUUGUUCUAACCCUGUGGUAGAGCAGAACACUGCCAUAUCCAAAGGAUUUGGUGAGAGGGGAGCCAAUGUUGUCAUUUGAGUAGCAGUGUAUUUAUUUAUUUAUGUCUGCAUGUGGGGUUUUUGUACUGAGUGAACCCUAGAAUGUUUGUUAUAUAAUGCAAGCCAUUUUUUUUCUUCCGAAGAGGGGAAAAGAGGAGAAUAGAAGACAUUGCCAUUUUUUGUGCGGCUAAGACAAACGUUCUUAUUCAGUUUCUUGCAAGCUUCAGUACCUUUAAAAAAAAUGAGUGUCUCGUUGCUCCCCUAAACCUAUAAAUAGGCACCCAUAUUCAUUCUCGAAGAAUCCAUCAAAAGCCUGAAAUUCCAGCCCAACCAAAUUAGCCUUUCAAUUGAUUGAUUGCUUGUAUUAAAACUGACAAAACUAAAAUAUGUCAGCAAAUUGCUGGCCUGCCUCAUCUCCUGAAAGCACAUGCAGCUAACUCCCUUCUGCGUCCUUCAUGGUGAGCGUUACCUGUGCCAGGCCUUGGUGUAUUACAGCACCAGACCAUCACUGACAGAAACGUUUACUUACGAAUGUUCUUAAACCAGUGUGUACUUCAAAAACGUUUCCUUUUGUUUCUGUGUUGUGUUUUUUCCUGUGUACGUGAUUUUGCUUAGGCAGGUAUAUAACUAGCAAAGACUUUUUUUUUUUAAAAGUAUUGCACCUUUUGUUUUUUGUUUUUACUUUUUCUGUACUGUUGCUUUUUAAUUUCUGUAUUUAAGGAAAAGUUUGGGGGUUGGGGUUUUUUGUUUUGUUUUCUUUUUUUUUUUUAAUUAUUUUUAGCAUCAGUGUAGUAGUACUCUGGGCAGGAUAGGGAUGACCUAUAAUCCACAGUGAUAGCCAGUGUGUGCGUGCAUGUGUGCGCUGGGAACAAAACUUUUAACACUGCUUGCUGCGAAAAGAGUUGUAGCAGACUUGAAGGGACAUCCAUUUACACAAAGCAGGAAGAUUAUUUUUUGGAGGGGGGCUGGAAGAGGAGGGAAAAGAGAUGCCGGUACUUUUUUUCCAUAAGUGCUAGCACUUCCGUGUAGUGUUGUCUAGCUGUUAUACUGUCUAACAUAAAGUGCCGACAUUCUGUACCAGCAAAUACCUAUCCAUUCCAACCCUCGGUGGGAGCAGUUCUCUGUUUUUAUUAUCUGUAGGGGAGGGAGGAUAGGGGAGUCUUUCUCUUCAGCAUCUUCAUUGAAGGAUACAGUAAUGUCUAAUACAUUUAACUCUAAGCACGGGCUGCGUGGGGAGAAGCAAAGGCAAAUUCAGUUAAUGCAGGGUUGUGUGUGUGCGUGUGUGUGUGUGUAUGCUUGUGUGUUGGGGUGGGGGGAAGGGCUAGGGAGUUCUGUGGUUUUUUUUAAUUCAUCCUAUCUAUGUAAAACCCAGUGUCACAAGGAAGACUGACUGAGGGAAAUGCUGCAUUUACACAUGCCUGUAGAUUUGUAUGCAAAGUGUUAUGUGACAAAAAGUUCUGAGUAGGUUUGUAUUUGUUUAGUAAACUGGAGUGUGCAGCAUACUCUGGCUCCUUUUGAAUAUACUUUUUUUAUCAUGUCUUCAUCCCACCGUGCACAGUGAAACAAAAUGUUCUCUUCCAACUCCUGCUAGUUAGUUCCCCUCCCAUGCACACAUGCAUAAAGCUUUGUUUCUGGUAGCCUCUGCUUGAAGACCAGCCAAGCUCCAAUAUGCAGAGUAGGUUUUCAAAAGUCCUGUGCCAGCAGUACUUCCUAGGGAAGCACCUUUGGCCUGAGUAAGCCAGUAUCUGUUCUGUCACAUGGUUUGCUAUACAUGCUGGUUCAUUGCUGUGUUCCACCCUCACUUCUCUCUCCCAACCUGCCCUAAGGUUCCUUUUCCUGCACUUUGGGUUAGUUGAGUUCAUUGCGAUACUACGGUGAAAGCCGGGUGCUAGAGCCCCUCUUGUUUACAAGACAUAAUGAGGGAUUUGAAAUAUUUAAAAAGAAAAGCUAAAUUGUUCUUCCAUUAUAAGCUUAAAGGGAAAAAAAAAUUAAAACGUACAAAAAAAAAAAAGACCAAAAAGUGCAUAUAUAUAUUUUAGAUGAAGA